AGGCUCUACCGCAUAUCUACAGAACAUGGACGCACGGCUUAGGAGAGUCAACAAGGAGAUUGCAGACUGCAAAAAUGACAAGACAUCCAACAUUCGGAUCGAGUUGAUCGACGACUCGCCGUACCACCUCAAGGGAUCCUUCAACGGGCCCGAAGGCACGCCAUAUGAAGGCGGCCACUUCGAAGUCGACAUCGUGAUCCCGGAGAGCUAUCCGUUCCAGCCCGUGAAGAUGAAGUUCAUCACGAAGGUGUACCACCCGAACGUCUCGUCCGCAUCGGGCGCGAUCUGCCUCGAUAUCCUCAAGGACGCGUGGUCGCCCGUGCUGACGCUCAAGUCGACGCUCAUCUCGCUGCAGUCGCUCCUGUGCUCGCCCGAGCCGAACGAUCCGCAGGACGCGGAGGUCGCGAAGCAUUACUCGACCAGCAGGAGCAGCUUUGACGAUACGGCGCGGUACUGGACGCACAUAUACGCCGGCGGGCCAGAUCCGAAGACGCGCGGCCAGCCGGGAGGAGGGCAGGCGGCGGGGAGGGACGAGAUCGCGAUAGCGGGCCUCGAGCGGGCGCAUGUCGAGCAGUUCGAGGCGCUCGGGUUCGAGCGGAGUAAAGUCAUUGACGUGCUUCGUCGAUUGAACUACCGCGGGGCGAACGUCGCCAAGAUCAACGACGAUAGGGUGGUCGAGGAGUUGCUGAAGUGAUUCCCCGCUCUCAUCGUCGAACCCCUGCCCCUUGCAUGAGCUGUAUUUUUCAGCUUCCCCACCACUGUUGUAUUCCUGCUAGUCCAUUUUCACGACUGUAAGAUGGGUUGUUGUACGACAAUCGACGAUCAAUGCAUCCGAUAGAUAUCGGU